CAGCGUCUUCCACACGCCGAAGGGUCGGCGGAUUUCUGCGAGUCUCCAGAUGUUUGGCUCACACUGGGGUGCCGUUGGCAAUCCACCAUAGAAGUCCAGGAGCACCUCCCGUGUCGCUCUCUGGAUCUCUUGCCCAGCUCAUUGUUUCGUUGCGGGUUCCCGCAGGACACCGACGGGUGGACGGCACUACACCACGCCAUCUUCAAUGGACAGAACCCGUGCGUGGAAGAGCUUAUACGAUGCUCCGCUACCCUUGUGAUCCAAGGCAUAAACGGUCUGACUCCUUACAUGGUCACCAGGAUGCCGGAGUCGGCAGGCAAGCUGUCUGAGAAAAUCCAAAAGCAACUCGAGCCCUCAGAGGAAAUUAGUUUCGCCAAGGGUAUCGUUCCAGUGUUAAAGGACGAAGGGCUGACGCUCUUCGGCAAGCUGCAGGCACUCCUCGACAUCCGGAGCGUGAAUCAGGGGGCGCAGAAUUUGCGCAUGCACGAGCAGUUCUUCGAUCCCACCUCUGGACCGAACAAGGUGCGCUUGACGAAAAUAUUUGAAGCGCUUGCGUCCCCGCUGAUCCAGCGCAUGUGCUCGGGAUGGACAGACUUAGAGGAGCCUGCCCCGAACAUGAGCGAAGACAUUGUGCAGGAACGCCUGCAUGAGAUCGGAAUCCGUCGGAAGGUCCAGAAGGCUUUUGUGAAGCAGUGGCUAUUGGACACCAGGGGCCUCCGGGCGACCAGCCAGUACAAGUACGACAACCGGGAGCAUUAUGCUGCCGAGUUGAACGGAGUUAUCAACCAGGAGCUGGAAAAGUUCCGGCUAGAUCCAGAACGCCAGCUUCACGGAGGAAAAGGGUGGGGACAUCUUGAGCGGCAUGGCGGCGGUAGAGGUGAUCAGUCCUAA